UCAGAAUGUUUCUAUUUCUUCAUUAAAUAAAGUGAAGAAAUAUACACUCACUUAGACAUACUCCAGUCACCGAAAUAAGCACAGAAAUCGAAGAAAUUGAGAAAGGACGAGACAUUUCCUCACAGGACUCUACUGCGCAAGCGUGGAGGCGGCUAAAUUCAAAACCCAAGACGUUAGCAUCGAGGCUCGUUGACGUUAGCUUCAUGCUGUAGGUUCGCACAUCGAUCCUGCUAAAAAAAAAUAAGCAAUAUGAAAACUUUUCUAAGUUAGGAAACAACUGAAAACACGAUUUUUUUCGGUGCAAGACGCGGAGAUCGGCCCACAACAAUUACAAGUUGAAGAUGGAGCCUCUGGAUCCUCCCAAGAAUGUUGAUGGCAGCGGAUUUUCCAAAAGACGCAUUUCCUCGAUUUUAAAAGCACCAUGGAAGUCAACCAGAUUCCCUGACCCAGAGCAACAGGAAAAUGUGGUGGAAUGUGCCAAGCCAGUGGAAAAAAGGAAUUCAAGGAGAGUCAGCUUUGCCCCUGCCAAUGAUGUUCUCCUGUUUUCCAAGGAUGCCAAAAAUGCCUCCCCUGGCCAAACUCCGUCACAAGAGUUAGUAACAGCAGCAGCAGAAACCACACAAAACAGGAUUCAGGUGGCUGUCGCUGAAGAUGGGAGCCAACAAAUCCUGGGUAUGGAAAAUCUUUUGAAGGCCCCUCUGCAUACUUCUCAACAAAGGGAUAAGAUCAACUUUGACACUGUGGAUGACUUUGGGGAGAAAACAGUCAUGUUUUCCACAGAUGAUGCAUUCAUGGACAUGACCCAUAGUCACACUAUAAACAUUGCCAAUGAUGCAGAAAUACUUGGAGAUAUUUCCCUUCAGAACUAUGACAUUGUACCUACUGUCAAAGAGAAAGAUCGCAUGUUCACUGUGGGCGAUGGAUUGACAGAUAUGACUCUAAGUCAGACUGUAAACAUGACCAGUGGGUUAUUAUCCACACACAGGAAUAUGGAUGUAAGUGGAGAGAAGAGAAACUCUCUUGCAUCAAUGCCUUGUCUGGAUCCUGGAUUUGAAAACUUCCUUGCAAGUCUGUCUAAACCAAGCGGUCCCAGUACUAAUGCCAUGAUCACCAGAAUGGCACCUUCGGUUGGAACAUCCUCAGAGGAAACCAGCGGCUCCCUGGCCCAGAUUAAAACAAAAAGGGCCGAUGUGGAUAAAGAAAAUCAGGCUCCCGCUUGUGUUUACGCUGUGCUUGAAAAGUCACUAAAUAACAGCAGGAAAAUCAGAGAAUCCUCUUAUGGAAGCAUACUGUGUCCAAAAGAUGACGUUAGCUUGGAUAUAACUGAGGCUCAAACAGGCCGCAUUCAGCCAAGUGGCCCCAGUAGUAAUCGUGUGAGUACCAGAAUGACAUCUACUGCUGCACUGUCCUCAGCAGAAACUACCAACACAAACAGCUCCCUGUUCCAGCUUAACACACCAAGGGCUGAUGUUGAAUAUCAGUUGCUAAGCACCAUCUGUCCUGAAGAUGACACAAACAUGGAUAUGACAGAAGUUCAAACAGGACGCAUUAUAGGCAGCACUGGUUGUGAUGACCCUUUUCAGUUUCUUUUUCCCACACAAGACAUGUACCCCCACUGUGGUCAUCUGAAGACUGCAGAUAUUACUCCAGUACACCUGAGCAGUGAGACACUGGGAUCAUCUAACCAUAAAGGUAUGGAAACUUCAUUGAAGCCGUCUUUCAAGGCCACAGCGCAAAAACAUCAGGAGAAACUUGACACUGAGGACAACUACAGAGAGACAACAGUGAGGUUUACUGCUGAUGAAGCUUGUAUGGAUGUGACACAAAGUCACACUGUAAACAUUGCCACUAAUUUCAGCCUGCAGGCGCACCAAAAUUUGGACUUUUUGCCCACAUGUGGCGAGGAAACUUUGAGGUUCGCUACCAAUGACGCAACUAUGGAUAUGACCCAGUGCCUCACUGUAGAUAUUGCCAGUAAUUUAGUAUCAAAUUCAGGUCUUCCUCUGAAGAAACAAGAAGGUGAGACAUUUGGUCCACCUAAAAGCAGGUCUUCAUCAGCACACAGUUUGAAUCCAGCAUCUAAUAGCUUCCUGCCACCUUUCUCAAAACCAAGUGACCCCAGCGUCAGUGUUGAGGUGGCAAGAAUGAUGCCAACUGCAGCGACAUUCUCUGGAGGCACAAUCUCUCCUGUGGAUGACCUAAACAUGGAUAUGACUGAAGCUUAUGUAGGAUGCAUUUUGGAAGGUGAUGCGUUCAUGGAUAUGACAGAAACUCAGACAGGCCGAAUUAUAGAAAUCCUAGGCACAGCUGAUCCUCUUGAGUGUCUUUUUCCCACCAAAGACACAUACCCCCAAAGUGGUAAUAUGAAGAAGGCAAAGAUGACUUCAACUGAGCAGGACAGUGAGGCAUUUGGACCGUCUAACGGUAAAGGUAUAGCAGCCUCAUUGAAGACUUCUUUAAAGACUGAGACACAAAUACAUCAGGUCGAGAGUGAUGUGGAAUUUGACUGCAAAGAGAAAACAGUGAGGUUUACUGCUAAUGAAGCCUGUAUGGAUGUGACACAAAGUCACACUGUAAACAUUGCCACUAACCUCAGUAUGGUCUCACAACAAAAAAUGGACUUACCUGCAAAUGGAGAGAAAACAGUGAGGUUCACUGCUACUGAUGCAAAUAUGGACGUGACACAAAGUCACACUGUAAAUAUCGCCACUGAUGUCAACCUGCAACCUUACCAAAAUGUGGACUUACCUGGCAAUGGAGAGAAAACAGUGAGGUUUACUGCAAAUGAAAUGUCUAUGGAUGUGACACAAAGUCACACUGUAAACAUUGCCACUGAUUUUUAUCCAAAGUCGAGUCAAAAUGUGGACUUUCUGCCGACAAGUGCAGAGAAAACCGUGAGGUUCACUGCAAAUGAAGCAGCAAUGGACGUGACACGAAGUCACACUGUAAAUAUCGCCACAGAUGUCAACCUGCCACCUUACCAAAAUGUGGACUUACCUGGCAAUGGAGAGAAAACAGUGAGGUUUACUGCAAAUGAAGCGUCUAUGGAUGUGACAAAAAGUCACACUGUAAAUAUCGCCACUGAUCUCAGUAUGGUCUCUCGACAAAAAAUGGGCUUACCUGCAAAUGGAGAGAAAACAGUGAGGUUCACUGCUACUGAUGCAAAUAUGGAUGUGACAAAAAGUCACACUGUAAAUAUCGCCACUGAUCUCAAUAGGUUGUCACGCCAAAGUGUGGGCAUAUUACCUGCAAAUGGAGAAAAAACAGUGAAGUUUCCUACUAAUGAAGCCUGUAUGGAUGUGACACAAAGACACACUGUAAACAUUGCCACUGAUUUUGAACCAAAACAUGAAAACGUGGACUUCCUGCCGACAAAUGGAGAGAAAAUGAUGAGGUUCACCACAAAUGAUGCCACCAUGGAUAUGACCCAGUGCCUCACUGUUAAUAUCACCAGUAAUGUGGCGUCAGAGUCCAUUUUACCACAUGUUCUGCCUCCCCAUCAAAACAUGGAUUUUCCUUCUGCUGUAAAUGAGAGAAAAAGUGAGACCUCUGGCCCGCAAAGAAACAUAUCAUCAAUACAAGCUUCAGAUCGAGAAUUUAAAAAAUCCCAGUUUAAGACGAGUGGGCCCUCAGCUAGUUCUAAAGAAGAGGCCACUGAUGAAAAAUUUCCUCAAGAAACUAUUGAUGCAAAUAGCUUUCUGGUCCACCUUAAAACACAGGAACCUGACGUGAAUAAUGAAAAUGAAGCACCAGUUUUGGUUUCAGCUUUCACAAAGAAGCCAGUAAAUAAAAGUAUGACGGGCUGUCCAGAAGUCAAUGCAAGCAUGGAUAUGACUGAAGCUCAAACAGGCUACAUUUUGCAACAAACAUGCACAGAUGAGCCCCCUCAGUUUCCUUCUUCAACACAAAACUGCAGUUCUGAACUUCUGAAAAAAAUGGAGGUGACUUUACCACCAAGCAAAGAGGGAUCAUCCAACCCUGAUGAUGUGGAAAUCACAAAACUAACACAUUCUCCAUACCUAAAUGAAACAGAGACCAGUAAAGAACCUGAACCAAGAAGUGCAACUUGUCCUGUAGCACAGAAGAUGGAAAGUUCACGCAGUGCUGCUGACCAAGAUGAUGAUGUAUUGUGUUCUCGAAAGUCUAGACGACAGAGUUUAGCCGAUCUGAAGUCAAGAGCAAGGCGUUUAAGCUGCCUGAUAAAUGCAGCUCCUGAUGCUGUUGCCAUUGAUAGCUGUACAGCACCUUUGCCACAGCUGGACCACAACCUGGACAAAAACUCAAGAGAUAAAACUAUCCCCCUACCGGAAUUGGAGCCAGAGCCAGCAGUCAAAAUGGGUUUGGUAAACACUGAAGAUAAAGUUCAGAGUUUUACACAAGAAGAGCAACCUUCUGUAAGUGCUACUACAACUCCUUUCAGUUUGAAGACUAAACUUAUAUCAAGACUCUCAGUGGGAGGGUUCAAGCCGAAACUCCCCCAAAGAAGCAAACCUAAUGAGGCAAAGAAGGGGAGUUCUGCUGGAGAACAUACAAUGACAAUUUCUAGCAAUGUUGCCCAUAAGCUGAGCAACUUUGACAAUGAUGUGAGUGACAUCUUCGAUGAAGAGCUGGGUAGUUAUGAAGAUGUGUCAGAAACACUGGAUACCAGGAGUCCUGAGAAAAUCUCUGAAAUAGAGAGUCCUUCUUGUGAGUUCAAUGUGGUUGAGCCUUUAGAGGAAGAUGUGUUUGAAGAAGACAUUAUUAGUACCAACCAUGGACAAAAGAGACCUUUGCCUGAAGAUGAAAAUAAUACGGAGGAUGAGAAGAGAAUGAAGGCUUCCCCAGAGACUGCUGAAAUGGCAUCACAGUCUGAUGCUGUAGAGUGUGAGACCUUGAAUUACUACAGCAAUAGUCACACAGCCAGCAUCAGAUGUGAGGCUGCAUCUGAGUCGACUAUUAAACACAGCCUGUUUGAAUCCCAGCUUGAAGACUAUACCAGUGAUGCACAGAAGAAACUUGAAGAUGGCACCAUUACAGUGUUGGAGUUCUUCAAACUCUUCAAUAUAGACUUUGUCAUCCAUAAUCCUCGACAAAGUGUGCUUCCAGGCAGACUUUUGUCAGACACAGAUGCCACGUCGAUGGAUUUAUUGAAGGACAGGCAUAUCAGCCGUCCAAAACAGAUGGUCUAUGAGGCAGACGUCCUGAAUCUCACAGAAGAGGUGGAAAGGUUGAAGGUCCGUAUGUGGGAUCUCGACAAGCCUCUUAAGACUGUUAAUGGACCUUUGUGGGAAGAGAUGAAACAUUCUUCAGAGAAUCAGCUCAAGUCUUUUGGUGCUAAACUAAAGGAGAGAAGUAACUUCUUCAGGAAAACAAGCAAAGUUCAGUCACAUGAAAUGAAGGAGGUCCUGUACUCAAAUCUAGUGCAGGCUAAUUUGGAGGAGCAGCAGAAAUUGAGAGGAACAAUUGAACAAGCAGACGAGAUGAUAGAAAGCUUGGAUGACUGCAUUCGUGAACUGGAAACGGAACUUGCUGCAGUUGAGAAAAACGGCUUUGAAGAUAAACCAAGCCUGAAUUCACUGCAGAAAGAGAUGAAGAAAGUCACUGAGACUUUGACUGAAAAUGACAGACAAAUAUCUGAACUGGAGAUAGAGAAGAAGCAGAAUUCAAGUAAACUUAAGAGACUGAAAGCUGAGACGAGGAACCUGGAGAGUCACAUCGACGUACUAAAUAUGUUGAAUGAAUGGAGGUUCAAAGAGAGGAGGGACAACAACACCAUCUACACUUUUCUUCAUGAGACUAUGUAUCUACAUUUGGUAUACGAAAAGCCCAAUGGAACUGAUGCAGAGUACGGGUCUGAGCGGAAAAUCACUCGCAUCGCUUUCAGAUUUGAACUUGAUGAUGAGAAGUCGCAGUUCCACACCCGCAUUGUUCACAAACUACUCUCCCAGUACAUUGAGGGAGAAUCUGCCUGGGUGGAGAAAUACCCAACAAGCAGACAUGUUCCAAAGCUGCUCCAUGACAUUAGCUUGGUGGUGAGUCGCUGUCGUCUGCUGGGUGAGGAAUUGCGUCUACUGAAAAUGUGGGGAGGCCUUCGGCUCAAUAUACUGGACAUCAGCUGUGUGGACACUCAAGUGCACAUUGUCUUCAGCAGUCUCAAGAAGUUUUCCAAGUUUGAGGUGGUCUUUGCCGUCAGUUUGACCAACCACCUCUAUGUCCUCCAAGUAGAGAGCUUCAAAAAUGUGAUUGGAAGCGUAACGAUCCAGCAGAUUGAAGAUAUUGUGGCAUGGUUCAUUCCAGCUAAGAACCUCUUGACGAAGAUUGUCAAAAAGAUUCACAACACUCUGCUCUGUUGAGACCAGGAAUAACGUCCACUAUCGUAUUUUGAUUCAAGCUGUUUGUAAUCAAACUCUGUUGUACAAUAUUCAUGUUAAAAGUUUAAAUGCAUUAACUGUUUUUUUUAUUUUUUUUUAAAGCAAAAUAAUAAUAAAGAAGUAUAGUGUGCCA